AUGUUUUCUUUUCUCUUUCAGGCGUCCGCGUUCGCUCGCGGCGAGAGUAUAAAAGCCUUCAAACCUAGCAGCAGUAGUAGAAGACACCAAAAACAAGCCGCCUCUUUUGUCGUUCACGCGGCGGCGUCCGGGGAAGCCGAGCGGUUGCGCUUACACAACUUGAGCCCGUUGCCGGGGUCGAGAAGAAAACCGAUUCGCAAAGGUCGCGGUUACGGCGCCGGCCAAGGCGGGACGUGCGGGUAUGGCAUGAGAGGUCAAAAAGCGAGAGGUGGUAGAGGCACUAGACCGGGUUUUGAAGGCGGUCAAACGCCAAUGUACAGAAGGUUUCCAAAAUUGAAGGGCAUUGCCGGCGGCAUGAGCGCCGGGAAGCCGAAAUUCGUGACGGUGAACGUUUCCGAUUUGGCGCAAGCGUUGGCGGAUUCUAAGAUCAGCGCGGGCCAAGACGUCGAUUUGGACACGUUGAAGUCGGUUGGUUUGAUCAAAGCGACGGGUUACUACAGAAACUUGCCGUUGAAGGUGUUGGGCGACGGGGAGCUUUCGCAAGGCUUGAAAGUCAAGGCGGCUGCGUUUUCAGCCUCCGCGAGCGAAAAGUUAGCCGGCGCCGGCGGGGAGGCCAUUCUCGUCCAAGGGAAAAAACCAAAGUGGAGUCGGGAAGCGCACGAAGCCGCGCAGGCGGCUGCUGCCAAGUAA